CGUCGACCUGAAGCUUCGCAAUUAAUCUUUUGUUUCCUUGAUACAAUUAUCCCACAUGAUAUCAAUUCGCCAUGUCUAGUCCAGUCAACGCCUUCAAUCUUGAGACUUGUGCUCGUCCCAACAUUCUGGCUCUUGAGCCUUACAGAUGUGCUAGAGACGACUACAAAGACGACGGUACAAACAUUCUUUUGGACGCCAAUGAGAACGCCUAUGGUCCCGGUCUGGCAAUCGACGGUGCCUCGGGCAAGCUGAAGAAUGCUUUGAACGGAGAUGCCAGUGUCGAAGUCGACCUUCUCGGCCUCAAUCGCUACCCCGAUCCUCACCAGCCUGAGCUCAAGCAAUUGCUCUGCAACCUCCGUAACACCAAGACCCACACACAAAAGACCUUGACGCCGGACAACCUCUUCGUCGGUGUUGGCAGCGAUGAAGCCAUUGACGCCCUGAUACGCGCCUUCUGCACCCCUGGUAAGGACAAGAUCCUGACAUGCCCUCCCACAUACGGCAUGUACUCUGUCUCAGCUCAGGUCAACGAUGUCACUGUGGUCAAGGCCCCGCUAGACGUCAACAACGACUUCGCCCUCAAACCAUACCUGAUCAAUGAGAAGCUGUCGGAAGAUGCCACCAUCAAGAUGGUCUACAUUUGCUCACCUGGCAACCCGACCGCCAGUCUGGCACGCAAGGAAGACGUCGAGACCGUUCUCAGACACCCCACAUGGAACGGUAUCGUCGUGCUAGAUGAAGCCUACAUCGACUUCGCCCCCGAUGGCACCUCGCUCGCCGAGUGGGUAAACGACUGGCCCAACCUCGUCGUCAUGCAAACCCUUUCCAAGGCCUUCGGUCUCGCUGGCAUUCGUCUCGGUGCCGCCUUCACAUCACCGCCAAUUGCUCGCCUCCUCAACUCCCUCAAGGCACCCUACAACAUCUCGAACCCCACCUCUCAACUCGCCAUCGCCGCCUUGCAACCAAAGAACCUCGCUGUCAUGCGCAGCAACCGCGACAAGAUCAUCACACAACGCGACCGUAUGCUCAAAGAAAUGCCUUCGAUUUCCGGCAUUGGUCGUUUCCGCGGUGGUGCAGCAAGCAACUUCCUGCUGGUAGAAAUGCUCGACUCUUCCUCCAACCCCUCCAACGAGAUCGCCCUUGCCGUUUACGAACAACUCGCCGAAUCCCGCGGCGUCGUCGUCCGUUUUAGAGGAAAGGAGCCAGGCUGUCUAGGCUGCCUCCGCAUCACCGUCGGCACUGAAGACGAAGUCACCAGAUUCUUGCGCGAAUUGGCAGAGGUGCUUGCGAGUGUGAGAAAAGAUCAAAAUGGUAACGGAUUAGAUGCCGCCGAGCAAAAGACAGAAGACAAAGCCGAGGAACAGGCGAAUGAUGUUAUUGCUUAGGAAGCCGAUCUUUGGACUCUGCAGGCAUGCUCUCUUUUUGCCUAAAAUGUUUUAGAUAUGCGUUUACUGUGAUGGAGAUUCAUGAAUAGCUAGAUCGCUUGCUUGAUUGAAAUUUACAUUCUUUCAUUGCCCUUUUGCAUGGUUGUUGAUGGUGAUGGGGUAUCGGAACAUUCAGUCUUUUCAUGGCGUCUCCCUUCACCGUUUGGAUGGGGGGCUACAUAAUCCAUGCAUUAUGUCAAUCCUGUCAUUGGCAACGGACCACCGUGUUCGAGAUGUGUGCUCGUGAUCCCAGUGCUGUGAGCCCUGCCACCAUCU